ACGACACUACAUCUCCCUCCAACUCUCUUAGUUUUCCCCAAACCUUCCAUUUCUUACAUUUGCCCCCAACACCAGCACUCCCAAAUGGCCUCCACUCUCUCUAGCGCCAUGUUCAGCACCUCCUUCGUCCGCUUCCAGCCGUCCGUCACAUCCCUCAAGUCCCUCCCCAACAUGAGUCAGGCCCUUUUCGGCCUGAAAACCAACCACUGCGGCGGCCGCGUGAAGGCCAUGGCUUCCUACAAAGUGAAGCUCAUUACUCCUGAUGGAGAGCAAGAAUUUGAUUGCCCCGAUGACGUUUACAUUCUUGACCAGGCGGAGGAGCUCGGCCUUGAUUUGCCGUACUCUUGCCGCGCCGGCUCUUGCUCUUCUUGCGCGGGAAAAGUCAUUGAAGGUUCAGUGGAUCAGUCUGAUGGGAGCUUUCUUGAUGACGAUCAAAUUGAUGUGGGUUGGGUUCUGACUUGUGUGGCUUAUCCUCAGGGCCCUGUUGUGAUUGAGACUCACAAGGAAGAGGAGCUCACUUCUGCUUAAAGUUGAAUGUGGUUUUAAGAUUAUUUAUUUAUUAGAAUCUCAUGCAUGUGUGUUGGUUGGAUUUAGUGUUUUGCAUUAAGGGACAUUGUUGAUCGUUGUGUAAUGUUUGAAGAGUAACUUAAGGGUUUUCGUACUUGAGUUUCAUUUGUUGUCACAAAUGAAAUGAAGCUGUUGUAGCUUAAUAAUGUCAUAUCUUUUCCUCGCUGA